AUGACUUUAGGUUUGCUCAACCUACCUAAAGUGUACACUAACAUCCGCAACAGCCUCAAAGCGCAGAUACAGAACCUAUCGAGAGGGCAGGGAAAUCGCGAGUACAGAGAAGCUGCCGGCGAUAGUGAUGAUGAUGACGACGGUGGACAGCCCGCCCAACGCUCUAGGAAGCGUAAACGGGAUCCAGUGUCCGCAGAUCUCGAUAGACCUUCCAUAAUGGUCACGGUGGUAGACCCCGAUGCUCUAGGAGCAUUCUUCAGCGUUGUCCCGCCUCCUACCUAUGACUGGAACGAUCCGCAAAAUGAGCCUUCGUUCAUUGGAAUUCUGACAAAGAUAACGUUUCCAGAGCUCUGCAAUUUGAUCCUGAAGCACACCGCACCUGGCAGAGCAAUCAGGAGUAUCUGGGGAGCACUGGAUAACGUUCCACCGGCAUCCAAUCCACCUGUUCGGCCAAUGGAGGUCCAAAUCACUGAUUCGGAAGAGGUCGAAGGUUGGUUGAAGAAUAGCGUUGGCAGGCCUAGGAGAAUACUGGCGGUGCUCCACAGAGCAGGCGCGGGUGCUAAUUUGGGUGGCGCUGAAUCACCCCCGCUGAACCGGGCAUUCCCUCAUAUCAAAGAAGACGAUUAUACCAUGAUCGAUAUUCCUGCAGAGGACUCUGAUUACGAGGAGGGAAGCCACCGCAUCAAUGCUAAAGGACUGAGGGUAUAUUUACCCAGAACUGAUGCCAGUAAUCAAAGGCUAAUCCAGACUCUUGUUAGACGUCGAGAUAGACAGCAGGAUGCUAUCGACGACUUAGACCCCAAAUACCUGAGGAAAUAUCCUUUGGGUGUUGGGGUUGCUGACCCGAACUUUGUACAGGGAGUAAUCUGGACGCCUGCCGGGAUAGCAGCCAAGAGGGCUGCUGACGCACUCGCGGCUGCUGGUGGUGGAGGCGGUGGUGGAGGCGGUGGUGGUGGUGGAGGCGGUGGUGGUGGUGGAGGCGGUGGUGGUGGUGGAGGCGGUGGCGGUGGUGGUGGUAAUCCUUCUCCGGGCGGACCUCCGGGCGGUGCUAAUCCUCCUCCGGGCGGACCUCCGGGCGGUGGUAAUCCUCCUCCGGGCGGACCUCCGGGCGGUGGUGGUGGUGGUGGUGGUGGCGGCGGUGGUGGUGAUGGCGGGCAUCAUUAG